AAUCCCUCUGUGUCGCACCAGAACGGCUGGUUCGUUCCGAGACUGCAGCCACCGGGCGCGGCGGCGUCAAGAUGGCGGCUGCGGCGGUGGCGGCUGCUGCGGCUGCGGCUGCGGCUGCAUCACUGCAGGUGCUGGAGAUGGAGAGCAUGGAGACGGCCGCCGCGGGCUCGGCGGGGCUGGCCGCCGAAGUCAGAGGGAGCGGCACGGUGGACUUUGGGCCCGGACCCAGCUUAUCUGCCAUGGAGGCGAGCGGGGGCGAUCCGGGUCCGGAGGCCGAGGAUUUCGAGUGCAGCACUCACUGCUCGGAACUGUCGUGGAGGCAGAACGAGCAGCGGCGCCAAGGCCUCUUCUGCGACAUUACCCUGUGUUUCGGCGGUGCCGGAGGCCGCGAGUUCCGGGCCCACCGCUCCGUGCUGGCUGCCGCCACCGAAUACUUCACGCCCCUGCUCUCAGGCCAGUUCUCUGAGUCCCGUUCCGGCCGGGUGGAGAUGCGCAAGUGGAGCUCCGAGCCCGGGCCCGAACCCGACACGGUGGAAGCCGUUAUCGAAUAUAUGUACACUGGGCGCAUUCGCGUCAGCACGGGCAGUGUGCACGAGGUGCUGGAGUUGGCCGACAGGUUCCUAUUAAUUCGUUUAAAAGAAUUUUGUGGAGAAUUUCUCAAGAAAAAACUUCAUCUCUCUAAUUGUGUGGCCAUUCACAGCUUAGCUCACAUGUAUACCCUGAGCCAGCUUGCUCUGAAAGCUGCCGAUAUGAUACGGAGAAAUUUCCACAAAGUAAUUCAGGAUGAAGAAUUUUAUACUCUACCUUUCCAUCUCAUUCGAGACUGGCUGUCAGACUUGGAAAUUACAGUUGAUUCCGAAGAGGUUCUCUUUGAAACGGUUUUGAAGUGGGUUCAGAGAAAUGCUGAAGAGAGAGAGAGAUACUUUGAAGAACUUUUUAAAUUGCUCAGAUUAUCCCAGAUGAAACCUACUUACCUUACUCGGCAUGUCAAGCCAGAGAGGCUGGUGGCCAAUAAUGAAGUUUGCGUCAAGUUAGUGGCUGAUGCUGUGGAGAGGCAUGCGCUGAGAGCCGAGAAUAUACAGUCUGGCACGUUCCAGCAUCCUGCCUCUCAUGUCUCAUUAUUACCUCGCUAUGGGCAAAACAUGGACGUGAUCAUGGUUAUUGGAGGCGUGUCCGAAGGAGGGGACUAUUUAAGUGAAUGCGUGGGAUAUUUUGUCGAUGAGGACAGAUGGGUAAACUUACCCCAUAUUCAUAAUCAUCUGGAUGGACAUGCUGUUGCAGUAACAGAAUCCUACGUGUAUGUUGCUGGAUCAAUGGAACCAGGGUUUGCUAAAACUGUGGAAAGGUAUAACCCAAAUUUGAAUACAUGGGAACAUGUUUGUAGUUUGAUGACAAGGAAGCAUUCUUUUGGGCUAACAGAAGUCAAAGGGAAACUCUAUAGCAUUGGAGGACAUGGCAACUUUAGUCCUGGCUUUAAAGAUGUGACUGUUUAUAAUCCCGAGCUUGAUAAAUGGCACAACUUGGAAUCAGCACCGAAGAUUCUCCGAGAUGUCAAAGCACUGGCCAUUGAAGACCGCUUUGUAUACAUUGCUGCCCGUACUCCUGUGGACCGGGACACCGAAGAUGGAUUAAAGGCUGUAAUUACUUGCUAUGAUACCGAGACUCGACAGUGGCAAGAUGUGGAGUCUUUGCCACUUAUUGACAAUUACUGCUUUUUCCAAAUGUCGGUGGUGAACUCAAACUUUUAUCAAACAGCAUCAUGCUGUCCCAAGAGUUAUUCUCUAGAAAAUGAAGAGGCAGUCAGAAAAAUUGCCAGCCAAGUUUCUGAUGAGAUCCUUGAAAGCUUACCUCCAGAAGUCCUAAGCAUCGAAGGAGCAGCCAUUUGCUAUUACAAAGAUGACGUUUUCAUUAUUGGUGGCUGGAAAAAUAGUGAUGAUAUUGAUAAGCAGUAUCGGAAAGAAGCCUACCGAUACUGUGCUGAGAGAAAGAGGUGGAUGCUUCUUCCUCCCAUGCCACAGCCACGUUGUAGAGCUACCGCUUGCCACGUGAGAAUCCCGUACCGGUACUUACAUGGCACACAGAGAUAUCCUAUGCCUCAAAACUUAAUGUGGCAGAAGGACCGGAUCAGACAGAUGCAAGAAAUACAUCGGCAUGCCCUGAACAUGCGGCGCGUGCCAAGCUCUCAGAUCGAGUGCUAGGUUCUCUGAUAAAUGCAGCUUAAAACAGACGUGCUUCACGAGGCCGAAAAUGUCCAGACUGUUACUUGAAAAAGUAUGUCGAUAACUUAUUUUCUACCUGAACUGAUUAUUGCCCCAUAGAAAGGAAAUAUAGUUAAAAACCGAAGACUGGGAAACUCAAUUCAAUACAUGGUAAUGUUUUGUUAGCUGGCAAUCUUUCUGUCUUUGUCUUUGAUUUGUGUAUAUAUGCUAGCUAAAUAAGAUCUUUUUAAAGACAAGUGGGAAAACCAGGUGUAGUUACUUGGCUGUUUUUCUGCCAAGAAAUUAUACUCUUUUGUUUUAGGGACUUAUGUUUUGAACAUGCUUUAAGCACCAAUAUUAUUUGCACAUUUACUUUGAUAUUCCUUUUCAUUUUUUCCUGAGUGGGUUGGUUUUGACAAGAUCAGAACUUAUGCAUUAAGCCCUCCUCUGCAGGAGGUAUGUGCAAUAGACUGAAAUUUGAAGGAAAAAGCACAAUAUUUCAGCAAGAUGAUUUCAGAAUGUUUGCAUUGAUAUUUUAUUGUUUAUCUAGAAAUACUGUUAUGCGUCUUUUUAGAACAGAUGACUGACUGAUAAAAAAUUUGUGAUUGGCUCAUGCAUUUUUUUGAAUAUUUUUCAUUUCUUUAGCAACUGAGUUAUCGACUUCAAGCCAUUGCUCAGAGAUGAUGGUAGUUGGCAAAAGAAUUGAUCUUUAGCUGAUUGAUUGACUACAGAGGACGUUAUAUAUGUAAUUUGUUUCUCUAAGAAGAGAAGUUUAUUAGUGUAGACUAAGAAAUCAAAGGCAUUAAAAAAUAAAAACGCUUUUUUUUAGGAGUUGUAGGCUUAUUUGAGGAUAAAUUAAUGAGUGUAAAUAAUGCCUAUGACAAUCGAUAUUCAAUGCCUUCAGUUUUAAAUUUUGUGCUAAUGUGUAUUAUAUAUAGAAUCCUCAUCAUUCCUUUCGAAAAGAAACUUUUUUCAAAAUAGGAAGGAAAUGGCAAUUUAGAGAAAUGUUGCUAAAGAAAAGCCUUAUUAUUUCUCAGCCCCUGGAUAAUGUUUUAUUCGGUUGCCCUGGACUUUAAUUGGAACUUUACCUGAGCCUGGAAUACCAAAUUUAAACGCAUAAUUCUGGCUCUUAAAAAGCUGUGGUUAACUUUUAUUUAUUUUUAUGUAUUCUUCUGAUUCCCUUACGCACUCCCAAGCUUUAUACAAAUUAGCACUCAGGUUGACUCUUUUAGCACUCAGUUAACUCCUGCACUUACUAUUUAUAAUGUGAGUCCAGUAUAUUUUUUUGUUUCUUUUGGAAUAUCUCUACUUUCUUAGACACAUUCCAGAAUUCUGUUCUAGAAGUUGAAUUCUAAGUGCAGUGAUUUUUUUCCCCCUAGUCCAUUAUAGUUAACCUCCUUCUUAGUUGUAUCAAAUAUCAAAAGAAAAAAGUACAACCAGAAAUUUUAGCUCUCAAUUUGCUGCAAGACCAUUAAUGUUUAGCCCUUGGACUCUGUACUAAGUAAGAACUUUUCUGAAAUAUUUAAAUUGGUAUCCCUGCCCAGGAAAAAGUUUUUCAAUAAACAUGUUGGAAAUCUGCAUUAAAACCAUUUUAGACUGGGCUGGGGAUAGGAAACUGCAAGUUAUAUUUCUACAUGAGAAUAUAUUAUCUUAAUCCACCUCUACCAUUUUCUCAGUUUCCAUGUAUUUUCAGUUACUUUAAUAAAAGCCAUUGGAUACUGAGAAGUGCUUAUUCUUAGUUGUGAGAGGUCUAUGCGAAUAAGGCAGAAAAGCUCAUUGAGUGAAGUCCUCAUUUCUCUCUGGUAGACAGUGUGAGCAAACUUCCAUUUCUUGGUGGUGUUUAAUUCAGUAGCUCACUAGGAUUCCAGUUUCUCUACAGAAGGGUGUGAUGUAAGGAUUUGGAGUUGUUUCUUUCUUUCUUUUUUUUUUUUUGUCUCAGGGCUGUUUUCUGAGACAAUCAUUACCAAUCAUUACCAAAAUCAUUUGUUUAGAGGAUGUCAUUUUUUCACAUGAUGUGGCAGAAAUUAUAACUCAGAUUUCGGUGUAACCUGGUUUUGAAAAUUGACUGAAAUUGUUGUUUUUUAACUCAGCAGGCAGCCUAGGCCAUGGGUGAAAAGAAGGGGUAAGUCCUUCCUCGCAUGAUGACGUGUGCAGGUUUUCCUGACUACUGAAUUUCUAAUUUUCCUAUUUGAAUUCACAUGUGUGAUUUCACAUCAAUAACUUGUUUACGAAUAUCUCAACUAACUUGUUAAUCAGGAAAGAAACCAGAUUUGCUUAAAUCUGUUCAAGGCUGACAUUCUGAAAUUCUAACCUGGAAAUACUUCUCAGUGUAUUUGGAAAGGUUCUCAUGAUGAUGACCAGCCUAAAAUGGCUCUUUGGGAAAGAAAUUUCCUUUUUGAUGAAAACUUAAAGAUUGUGUUUAGUAAUUUAAGCAGUUAAAAAUACAACUUUAAAAAGAUAGUUUAAUGUGUAUUUAAGCAAACCUUUUUGGUUGCUUUUGGUUUUGUUUCGUGGAAGGAAAAGAGAGGAAUUGAUUUUACAAAAAGUUGUAACUAUACAUAACUUUGAGUGAAACUGCUUAUGUCUCAGAAUAGAUAUCUUUUAACUAUACCUACCUUACCAUGGUUUUAAAAAAUCAGUGAUAUAUAUUGAGAAUGUCAGUCAUGAGCUUAGUGUUUAAGUAUCUCAUUUGCAGUUAUUUGCAUGGUUAGUCUUGUGUAUCUGGUAUCCAACCUUGCUUUUGCUGUGCCAAUUCAAAAAUAUUUUUCUAAAAAAUUUAAAAAUUCAUUGACAUCAGUUUUGUUUUGAUCAGUUGGUUUUGUAUAGUAUUUCUGGGACCAAAAAUUUUAAAAUACUUUUAAAAUACAGAACAGACGUUUAGAACUGGAAAGAUAGUGUUUAUGGAAGAUUUGUGUGCUCUUCUGUAUUUUAAACUCUUCAGGCUGCCGGUAAGGCAGUUUCUAAGGCACACUUUUUUCCUGUUCGUGUUUCUUGACUAGUGUAGCAUGUGGUACGUUUAAAUACUUUAUUAUCUGCUUCAUAAUUCUAAUAUGAACACUAUACUAUAGGUAGACAGGUAAGCUAAAUUAUGUGUAUUUUAGUUACUUGGCCUAGUCAAGCAUAACUAAAGAGACUUUUUUUGCACUUUCCUCAAAUUAAGCUUAAAUAAAUAGGGUCUAUUGGCCACAUUCCAUGUCCUUUGAAAACAUACAGAAUUGUGAAGCAAGUUGUCUGUCUACACUAGAAAAAUAGGGUGCCUAUAAGUUGCUGUUUAACUGUAGAAUAUUUAAUGGUUUAGUCUCCUUUUUUAACUGUCAAACAUUUUGGCACAGUUCAUCACUCCAGUUUGUUACUUUCUUGAGAAUAGUCUGUUUUUGUUAUAAUGCUUACAUUGGAAACAAAAGAGCUUAUCGUCAAGUGAUGUACUACAAUAACAAUACAGUCAUUUUGCUUCAAGGAAUUUAGAUAGCCACAUAACUAUUUGUUGCUUAUCUCGUAGGGCUUUUGUCUUACUCUAUAUGACCAUUCCUGCAAAUGUCUGACAAUGAAGCACAUAGAGUAGAGCACUUGCUGUUAACUGAAUCCUCCUACGUAAUGCACUCGUGAAAAGUAGUGCUUGCUAGAUGUUUAAAGAUCUUAGGAUCCCUGUGCUAGGGCUCAUUGAGUUAUUUGUAAAAGAAAUACUUAGUUCAAGCUGAUAUAUAGCGAGUUUUGGGGGCUAGCAGUAUCCAAGCUCCUACUCUACUGAAAGUAUAAUCUUGACUCUCUCCUGUCUGUCAGAGGAGAUACGGAAUUUAGGACACUUUGAGACAUUACAUUGUAAAAUAGCUUGUUUUAUGUUCCUAAAGCUAUCUUGUUCUAUGUCAAAGCUAUUAAUCGUCUCAUUGUAAGUUUUAAAUAAACGUAUUUCAUUAGA